AUGGUCCCACUGGGGCAUCAUAGGGAGCUUCUCAUUUACCUGAUGUUCAAGGCUUUUAUUGAUCUGGAUCCUCGACCUGACUAUCAUUCUGCCAGGAAAUGGAAAAGUGAACACAGCUCAACCAGUGAGAGUGAUGGGUCUCCGGUUUAUAUUAAUAAUUCAACAUUCAUAGGAAAUUUAGUGCUAACUGGAAGUAUCGGUGGAGAUCUUAAUUUGUCCAAUAAAGUGCCAAAAAGGAAUAUAGAUUAUGAAGAGAAUGAUGAUAUUAAGGAAAGAGAUUCCAAAAAAAAUCGAUCACAACCACCAGAAAACAAGUAUAAUCUUAGAAGUCGGAAGGUAAUUAAUUAUGCUGAAAGAAAUUCAUUAGCUGACGAGUUAGAUUUAGAUCAUCUGGAGGAAAAGAUAAUUGAUGGAUCAAAUUCUGGAAUAUCAUAUAUUUGUGAAGAUGGAAAUGAAAAUUCCUCAGAUGUCAAUUCUGAUGAAGAGUUCUUGGAAGAUUUCAAUACUACAGAUCAGGAAGAUACAAGUCCAAUCAUUGAAAAACUUCUGGAAUACGGCGAAGGCAUUGCGAGGUACCGAGUAAUUUUUUUACCCGAAGAUAAUAAGAAGGAUCCUUUAAAGACUCUUUUAACAAGUCAAGAAUGGAUAGAAUCCGAACUUGACUGGAAAAUGAUUGAAGAAAAAAUAGUUGACUCCUUUUCAGUAGCAAUACCAAAAAACAUACAAGAUCUUUUAACUAAGUACAACAAAGCCAUCAAAGAAAAUACGAACAAUUUUAAAUCAAACGUUAGUAAAAUAGCAUUAGUAAUAAACGAGAAUCCAUUUGAUAAAGAAAGAACAGGUGGCGAAAUAGAAAAUAUUGAUCGAAGAAAUCAAAAGGAUCGUUCACGACCUCCAAAACAAAAAAGAGCAAUAAGAUGGUCACAUGACGCAAUAUUAAUGAUAGAAUGUAUGAAUAAAGAAGUUCAGGUUGGUUUUGGCGAAGUAAUUGGUAACCCAUGCAGACACGAUGAUGAUAAAAGGGAUGGCGAUAGAGAAAAGAUGCUUAAAGCGAUGCAGAUAUCUCUUAAUAAGUUGCGAAGUUUAUUGUCGGAAAAAGGAAUAUCAAACGAAGACCUUGAAAAUUUGGAAACAUUUGGCAUGCUUGUGUAUAAGAGAGACUUUAUAAUAUAUUCAACUCAUUGGGUACAUGGGCUUUAUUUAGUUGACCAGAUUAACGGGUUUACUAUCCCCGAUACUGCAGAUCGAUUAAGUGAUCUUUCAAGCAUUGUUCGCGUUAUGUUGGAAUUCAAGUACCGUAUUAUAAACCUCAAGAAUUACAUUGAUUCACUUCUGAAACACAAACCUGUGAGCUUCGGAUAUCGCAAAACUAUUAAUGAGCCUGCUGUGGACAGUUCAAUUCUAAUGAAAUCACCAGGAAAGAAUACAGCUAAAAGGAAGACAAAUGACAACUGA